AUGUCUCUUUCAACUCCCUCCACAAUCGCCCAUUUGAACCGGCUUGCCAACGUCUUUAAGCCCAGCAACAAGGACCAACUGCACUGUCGUUGUUCACCUCCCGCAAUGGAAGUCUAUAUACCGUACCUGGUGGAGACAUUCCGCCUAGAGGCUCUUGAAUUGCUGCACGCUUCAGUUUAUCUGAGACGCUUACGCCAUUUGCGGAAACGAGUCAAACGCGUACAGCGCUGUACACCAUAUCGCUUGGUGUUGGCGGCUCUGGCCGUCGCCCACAAGUACCUCAGGGACAAUAGCUACACAAACGUGGACUGGGGCCGCGGGUUUCACCUAUCCAAGCCUGAAAUGGACAAAGCGGAGCUGGCGAUGUUGAAACUGCUGGGUUGGAAGUUGAGGAUCUCGGACGAGGAACAGAAAGCGGUUGAGUUUUCAGGACUUCGAUCAUCUCAAGCGCCCUAUUCGAGAGAACAGGAUAUCUCUGACGCGUGA